AAAGAAAUAUGCCGCGCCGGCCGUGCCACGGAGCUCCAUGCCCAAAGCCCCACUUCGCCUAGAAACCCACGUCGACGGCGACGACUUGGACCCAUUCCACCACCGCAUCCCGUCAACGCCGAAUCCGCCGCUCUCGUCAUGGACCCCGAGCGGGAGCCGCUCGCCGGCGGCGGCCUCCAGCGGCGCCCCGUGGCCGCCGCGAGGGGCGGAGGGGCGCAGGAGCCUCCUCCGCGCGGGCAGCAGCACGCCAUCCACGCCGACAUCGACCCGCAGCCGCGGCCGUGGCCCGGGAUGCAGAAGCUGGCCAUCGCGGCCAUCGUGGUGCUCGGGUGCCUCCAGUUCCUGCCUGCCACGCACUUCCGCGACCCCGCCGACCCGCGCCGCAACUGGAUCCCCUUCGACGGCCCGCGCAACCCCACGGAUUCGUUAAAUGAGGUUGGAAGUGUAGAUGUCUUCUCUUGGAUAAACUGUCUGGAUCUUCGUACUCUUGCUGUGCUGACAAAUUCCACUCUGUCCAGCUCAAGUGAUCCACUGAAUAUAUCUUUCCAUUUCUUGAUACCCGAAGGAGGCAAUGAUAAAUUGCCCUACCACAAGCUAAAAGUAGUACUACCUGAUUCAAAUCUCACUAUUACUAGUCAGAAGCAAAUCAAGGAUAAGCUAAAUGUUGCCACUCCAGAAGGAAACUUUGUUUGGUCAUUCCUUAAGGAAUUGUCACCCCUUGUUAUCGCAACAACUCAAUUCUCCAAAAAGAGAUAUGUUUAUGCCUCUGCAGACUCCAUCAUAAAGGGCAAAAUCGAAGACCUUGGUCGCCUUGAUUUAGGCAUUUAUGCCAUCGCUGCUGUUGAAGACUGCAGCAAGCGCUUUGGUGAUUAUGUCAGUAUGGACGUUCUGAAUGCCAUACAAAGAACAGCUACAAAAACUUGGAUGUCUCAAGAACCUUACGACAAGGAUACAUGCUUACUUGACUUGGAUGUGCUCUUGGUGGAGCCUCGUAAGCUGGAGAAGAACCUGGUCACUUCCAUCAUCUGGUGGGCUAAUGCUGUUAAUAUAGUCAACCCUAGGGACCGGGUUAGGUUAGCGAUAGCUCUGGCCUUCUAUGACAAGUAUCUGAAGCUGCCUUUGAAUUGGAAGCGUGCGAAUGCUAACGCGGACAUUCUUAACUAUGAUGGACCGAAGAAUGUUUGUUCUGAAGAUGGACGUCAGCAUGAGCAAGCAGGCUAUGGCGAGAUCUGGCACCAAUACCUUCAUAAAAAAUCUGAAGCCAUACUGAGCGCCUAAACAAUGGCAAUUCAUACUAGAGAGUUACCCAUUGUGCGCAAGCAGAAGCCCGCUGUUUUGAGAUAUAAAAUGCGGGCAAAUUAUUAUCCUGUAACACCCACAAUAGAUUGCAUUUUAUUCACCUCUUAGUCACUAAAAUGUUGUACCUAAAGGAUAACACAGCAAAGCAUGCUC